AUGUGCGCUACUCAGGCGGCCCUUAAUGUUGGACAUGAGCAACUGCGAAAGGACUCCAACUUCUUGAGCUGGGAAGCCUCCGAAACUCUCCGCAAUCAGCUCUAUGUGCUGGCCGCAGUUUGCUGCUUUGCCUUGGCGGGCUCCCUGGUGUUCUUCUGGACCUCCACGCCCGGAUCGGACAGGAAAGAGAUCGACGAGCCGGAGGCCGUGGAAGCUGCCAUCCCUGCCAAGGUGGUUGAGGAAGCCGGCCCGUCUCUGGCAGACUAUGAGGAUCUCGUGAAGUCGGUGAUGCAGCGCACAGCAGACCACCUCGGACCGAAAGUGGCUAAGGGCGCACAGGUGCAGAGCAUUGUGAACGACAAGGUCGGCUCGCUUGCCGAUAAGGCCAAGGCUUUCGUGAUGACAGAGCUCACAGACACAGUGGGCUCAGUGGCAACUGCCUUGCAGAUGGAGGAGUUCAUGGUGCUGGUGGAUGACGAUGCAGCAGUGGCGGCCAGCUUCCCGCCCCUCUCCGUGCUCUUGGCUGGCCUUCUCGUGCCCGCGAACCUGAACUUGAACAUUGCCUGCCACCUGUUGCAGACAUUCAUCGUCCUCCUGCCGGUCUUGUGCGUGGUGGGCUACUCUGAGUAUGCCGACGCAGACCAUCCCUGUAAAUCGAUUCCGGGACUCAGGCUUUGGGCCAGGACCGUGGGUGUGAUCGCUGGCCUAGUAACGCUCGCCCGUCUCGUGCUGGCUAUCAAAUGCUUGUUGGCCAAGUCCGCCAUUCGCCGCAAGAACGAGGAGAUGAAGGAGCAGCUCGCGAAGGCCACGGGCCAUGCCAGCUCCACCGGGAUUGAAGAGUUGAAGCAGCUGUUCCUGUUCUACGCCACCACGCUGCAGCACGCAGUGGUCUGCGAGGGCAAGUGGCUCUUGACGACUUUCUUCAACACCUACCUCUACUUCGCUUACAUGUUUGUCCCGGGAGUUGUUGCAUUCCAUCCCUCUGCUGCGGACGAGUCCAGCUACUGUGCUGCCUGGGUCACGGUCUGCGCGGCAAAGAUCUCCGUCCUGUUGGCCGUCCUGUUCUUUUUCGUGAACGUGAUGACAGUCUUCUGCUGGGCAUCUGAGACGGUGUUGAGCAUGGAGAGUGUGUCCUCCAAGAUCAUUGCAAAAGCGAAGGCCUUCGACAAUGUUGGCCUUGGCCUUCCCGUUGCACAGCUUUUGGUGAAGGUGUUGCUCCUUCGCGGAUCCACUGACAUCCUCUGCGCCCGCUUGGCAGUCCACCUCCGCGAGAAGGAUGGUCUCUCUCAGGAGCUUGUCGAGACAGAGAGCCGCCUCGCGCAGCUGAAGGCAGAGAUUGAGGCGAAGGAUAAACAGGUGGAGGCCAUCAAGGCCGAAAUGAGCUCGGAUGGUGCAGGCCUUGAGGCUGCCAAGAGCCGCGGAGAAGAGGUCAUCCAGUCGGCCCGCGAAAAGUCUGCUGUCUUGGAACAGCAGAUCGCCGAGGCGGCUGCCAACCCGGAUUCCCAGGACAUGUUGAACACGCUGAAGUCCAUGAUGGACAAGGCUUUCGAGGCUGCUGACUCUGCGAAAGACCAAGCAGAACGAAUGGCGACCCAGGCAGCUUCCACGGCCGGAGAGUAUGCAGCAGCAGCAGAGGAUUACAAGGCCGUCGCUGAGAAGUACGCUGGCCAGGCAGCUUCUGCCGCUGGAGAGUACGCAGCAGCAGCCGGGGCAGCAGCCGGAGACUACCAAGCGGUCGCUGAAAAGUAUGCUGGCCAGGCUGCGUCUGCCGCGAAGGAAGCUGCGAGUGGGUUGCAGGACAAUGACUAUGCUGACAAGGUCAAGAACCUGGGCCAGACCUUUGGCCGCUGA